AUGGAAAAUUUAAAAAUUAAUGAAAAUUUAUUUAUCAAUGAUACUACUACUAAUAAUAAUGAUAAUAAUAAUAACAGUAGUAUAAUCAAUGAUACCAAUGAUAACACCAACACUACUACUACUACUACUACUAACAGUAAUAAUAAUAAUAGUAAUAAUAUUGUGAAUAAUGAAGUGAACGAUGCAAGUGUUGUGUCAUUGCCGUCAAAUUCUGCACUAGACUGCUUUGAUUCAUAUGACCACCUCGACAAUGCAACAGUUGAAACAUGA